AUGGGCCAGUCAGAAGUAGCAGAGGCCAGACCAGGCCUAAGAAAUCCCGACCCGCUAGUGAGAGAGGCCUACAUGAUGGCCUAUGACUACAUAGACUAUGUGAUCACAGGCGAGAUGGACGGAAGAAUGGGUCCUGCCCCCACUGCCUGCACUAAAGCGCUUCGCUACGCUGGAGAUGUGCUCUUUACAUGCUUCCCCAUCUUCUUCAACGCUGGCACGUUCCAGGAUGUGACAGAGAAUACAGUCUGUCCUACGCUUAUGAAGAUCCUACAUGAACACUUCUUCCCCAUUGAUCCCAGGGGGCGACGCCGUGACCUGGCAUGGAGCGCAGUAUUGUCGGUCUAUAUUCUAGCUGGCCAGAUGGCCUUGCAUUGCCAGGAGAAUGGCAUGUCGGUGGUUUUGCCUUAGCUGAAGGAGUGCGUGGGCGCUUAUGUUGAGAGGGUCAUCUGCCCUGAUAUCAGAGAAAAGGGAGGAUGGGGUGGAUUUGUGUCGCGCUUUGGAGAGAAACAGAGCCUGGAGGGUCAGCUGAAUCAAGUGUGGACCCUGCUGGCUUUAGCAUCAAGCGUCCUUUUUUACGUCAUGUAGAAAAAGGUUUUGGCUAACAUUGCCACCUACUGACUAUCGCCAAAA